UAACACAAAAAUACCGAAGUGCACAUGAUCCACAAAACCCACAAAAAACAGCUGUGCGGAUUUAGCGUUUUAUUAAGACUUGCAAAAAUUAAUAGUUAAACCACUUAAUUAAUACCCAACGAAUCCUUUUGAUGGCUAAACGUAAGAAUAAAAGGACGCCAGGGCAGAUACAUCGCCAUCGGCAAAAACAUGGACUGCCUUCAUCCAAAACCACGCGGAUGCUGCUCAACAGGUCGGCCCAAGGACCUCAGGUAGAUAAUUCGCGCGCAAACACCAGAAUAACUGUUCCACCACUCUCUGCAAUGGCACCAGCAGCUAACUUUACUGGGCCACGGGCAGACCACCGCUUCAAGAAAUUUAAAGAUGUUCGCGCCAAGAACUCUCCGAAGCGACUGCAGCAGAAUGCACAAAAGAAGAAGAAAUCGAAUCGCGAAUACAUGAAGAAGCUGCUCAGCUCCAUCAAGAAGAAAUACAAAAUGAACAAAAGUCCACACUUUAAGCGCAGGUUGGACUUUCGAAGGGAUCCGCCCGUGGAGACAAAAGUCUUGCCCAAGCCAAAGUUUUAUAGGCCUGCGAAGGCAACGCAGGCGAAUGGAAACUCAGCUCCAAAUCAUCGCAAUGAAACCAUUGAGGAUGGAGAAAUAAUUGAGGAGCUGCAAAGCAGCGAUGAUGAUGACUGUGUGCUGUUGGAUCCUCCAACGGCUUUCAUAAACAUCGAUGAAGAUGAUGACAGUGAUGGCGACGGGCCUUCUACCAGUGACAGAAACUUCAAUCUUUGCAAGCGUCGCGCUGAACUGCUUACCUCACCCCAUCAAAUAUUGUUCAAAGACUGCCGCCGCGAAACGGCUCUUCAAUACACAUCGACACCACAGAAAAAGCUAUUGUAUUCCACGGUGGCCCAAAAGGCCCUUUCGGAUGCUCCCCCAAUCGUUAUAGCUGAUAGCUUCGAAGAGCCCAAGGCGGAGAAGAGCCUACCAAGCUCCGAUGCUGUCAUUGUAAUCGAUGAUGCUGCCUCAGAGGACGACUACAUUCCGUUGCCACCCAAUGAGCCCAAGGAGAACGGCUCCUCCAAAAAGAAUAGGAAUAACAUCAAGAGGAGAAGCAAGAGCAACCGGAUGAACGACAGCCUGUUCACCUCUGCCGAAAAGAAGGUGCUGGGCAAGUACAAUAGCAACACAUUCAACCCCACCGACGCAUCCGAGGAGACUGACAACGAGCCGAAAUCAAAUAAAAGAGCGGUGAUCAUCGAUGGCAGCAAUGUGGCCUUUGCGCAUGGCAACUCAAACAUAUUCUCCUCGGAGGGCAUCAAAUACUGCCUGCAAUACUUUGAUAAAAUGGGCCACAAAGUCAAGGCUGUGAUUCCGAUGUUCCGCAAAAAUGCGACAAAAUCCUCGAAUCCCGAGCUACUGGACAAGCUGCACAAGGAGGGCAAGAUUGUGUUUACUCCAUGCAAGAACUUGCCCGGCCAAAUGUCCACCAGCUACGACGAUCGCUUCAUUUUGCAGCUGGCAUACGAGUGGAAUGCAGCUGUCGUGUCGAAUGAUAACUACAGGGAUCUGAUCAAUGAGAAUCCAGCAUUCAAGAAGAUUGUAGAGACGCGCGUUCUGGGCUAUUCGUGGUGCGACAACAUAUUCAUACUGCCAAAGGAUCCGUACGGAAAAUGGGGUCCAAAACUCGAUGAAAUUCUAAAAUGUUAAUUCCUUAUUAUUACGUUUGUGUUAAUUCGUUCUGUUAAGUUAAAACAGUUAAAUCAGUUUAAAAGUCCAUGAAGUGAUUUAGUUUUCUUGUACACAACUUUCCCAGCAAGAACUGAAAAGUUGACAGAACAUCGAUAAUUCUUUGUUUAUUUCAGCAUUUAGCUGCUCGAUCAAAGAUUUAAGUAAACUUUUAUAGCUCGUAAGAAUUACUGUACAAAUUUCUCGUAUAUAUUUAUGUAUAUAAGCGCGUAUAAGUAUGAAAUAUAAUGUAUAAUUUCGG